UUCAUUCAUUCAUUCACUUCUUCUCUUCUCUUCUUUGCUUCUAAUCUUAAUCACAACUUUUUGUUGCCUUUUGAUUCAAGCAAAGAGUGUUAGAAAUUCCUCCUUUAUAGUUGUCCCUGUCAUCUUCUGUCCUUCUCUCCCAGAUAUCUCUCUGAUUUGAUAUUCUCCUCUUUCUAUCUCUAUCACCCUCCAUGUGCUCAGCCCUACCCCCAUCCGUCUCUUUAUAAUUCAACAUUUUAUACACUUUCACCAUUUCACCUACCUUCUUCUUCUUCUUCUUCUCCGAAAAGUGAAAAUCGACAAUGGAAACUCAACAAAAUCAUCAGCAACAGGGAAAUGAAGAUGGGGGAAACAAAAACAGUAAUUUUCUAUGCAGGCAAAGUACUUCAAGGUGGACACCCACUACUGAGCAAAUAAGAAUCUUGAAAGACCUUUACUACAACAAUGGAGUUAGGUCUCCAUCUGCUGAGCAGAUACAGAGGAUCUCUGCCAAGUUGAGGCAGUACGGAAAGAUUGAAGGCAAAAAUGUCUUUUAUUGGUUUCUGAACCAUAAAGCUCGUGAGAGGCAGAAGAAACGCUUCACUAGUACUACUCCUUCUGCCUCUGAUGUCCCCAUGCACCACAGAUCACCUGCUGCCGGUGUUUGGAAAUACCAUCAAGAUCAUCCUUUCCCUAACAAUCUUACUGCUGCAGGUUUUCCAUCUUCAUCAAGUUCUUCUCCUGGUGUGCUGAAUAUUGGCCCUGUGGGACACCCUGGCUAUGGAUCUGUAGCCAUGGAGAAGAGUUUUAGAGACUGUUCCAUAUCUUCAAGUGUUGAUGGCAAUGGAUCUGGUAUGGGUCAAAACUUCGUAUGGGUCGGAGUCGACCCGUAUUCUUCAGGAGGAGGCUGCCACCCAUUUCUUGAAAAAAGAAAACAUUUUGAUUAUGAAACCCUAGAAGAUGAACAGCCAGAAGAAGAACAAGUCCCAGAAAUUGAAACUCUACCUCUUUUCCCCAUGCACGAUGAACACACUUUCAAGCAAGAAACUAACUUCUACAAUGGCUGGCAUUAUGGCCCGAGGGCCGAAGAUAAUAAGAUUGGCUCGUCACGGGCUUCCCUCGAGCUCACCCUCAAUUCCUACUCUGCCAGAUUGCUUAAUUCUCCAUGAAAAAAAUGUUACCCUUGUUAUGAAGGAUUCUACCUUGUUUACUUUCAACUU